UGCCAGAGCGAUGUGGUCAUGGUGCCAAGACCCCACUUAAAGGAAUUGCCUUCUGUGGCAAAACACGAUCAAAGGUUGGCGAGCGAACUCACGACAGAACUGGAAGCAACUUUGCUUCGUGGGGUUCCUCUCCACCUUUGUUUGAGUGGAUGGGCACAGCAUUGGGACCUUUCAAACACGGAAGCUGCAGACGAUGCACCUUAUACUUUGAGCCGCCAAACGCAACAUUUUGAUGCUUUCCUCAGUCACGAUUGGGGAACGUCAAGAUGGUUGAAACUCCUGGCCAUGCUAAUGGUCUUCAAUUCCAGAGCAGCAGCCAUUUCGACGACACUUGUAAGCGUUUUGUCUCCACUGCUGGCGACCUUUGCCUUUGGCAUCACGGAAUCGCUUGGACCGAUGCUGUUCAGCUUCCUCACGUUUUGGGUCAUCCUCUGCUUUUGGCAGCGCAUCCGGCAAUGCUUUCGGAGGCCUUUAAUUGUCUUCAUGGACAAGCUGUGCAUCUCUCAGAAAGAUGAGCAAUUGAAGGAAAGAGGCAUUCUGGGCUUGGCAAGUUUCCUGGAUCGCUCGGAGUGUCUGACCAUUCUUUGGUCCUCGCGGUAUUUUUCGCGCAUUUGGUGUACCUUCGAGGUGGCCGCAUUCUUGAGGAAUGAGCAGAAACGGCAUAUUCGAAUCAUCCCAGUGUCCUUUGCCAAGCUCGUGUUUUUGCUUAGCUUGUAUGCCCAUGUUGGUGCCUUUGCAUACUACACCUUCUCGAUUCGGGAAGAUGUUUGGACCUGGUUGGCGGGCACAACAGGUAUGAUCGAUGACUGGUGGGUGAAAGUGACCGUUUUGAGCUCCAGCUUCUCCUGUUUGGCGUCAGUCCUGGGGCCUCUCAUCUUCUAUAUUGGUAUUAACCUUAUGAAGGACAUUGAUUCCCUGAGACAACAACUGAGUUCAUUUAACAUCAAACGCUGCAAGUGCUACUGCUGUAGCGUCUCUCAUCAAGAUCCAGUCACCAAAAUGCGAAUCCCCUGUGACCGCGAAGUGAUCUUUGCUACGUUGGAAGAAUGGUAUGGAGGGCCCAAAGAUCCUGAAGCAGGGGGAGAAUCAUCAUCAAGAUCCAGUGCCAGCGCUAGUCCCAAUUCCUUUGUUGGCCCUUUCAACAAGCUGGUCCGGGACCACCUGGCUGGCAUCGUCAGAGAGACUUUGGAGGACAUUUCCGGCCAACUACGGUAUGGCAUGUGCAUGGUGGUGGUAAUCUUGAUGCCUUUGUUCCCGUGCUGUUUGAUGCAAAACUGGAUGUACCUACAAGAUUGGUCCAAUUCCACGCUGUUGAUUUUCUUCUUGCGGAACCUGCUUAACUGGGCGAAGCUCCCCCUGUGGGCGAUGUUGGCAUUCUGGGCGGCCAUACGCAAUUGCGAGUUGGGCUUGUACCUAUGUCAGCGCAAGAUGAAAUACAUGAAUCAGAUCGUGGUUUCAUGCCUCAUGACCAUUCUGACACUGAUUCUUCUAGGAUUUGCCUGUAUUCCGUUUGAGAUUGUCUUUUUUGUCACGAGGGACGAACAAUCGCUUUUUUUCCCUCUAAUCCCGUUUAUGGUGAUCGUGGUGAUUGAUUUAUGCAUUUUUGUGCCGGCUCUGCGGUGCAAGUGGCUAAGCCACCUAAGCCCGGAGCGGCCCCUCCGUGCUCCCUAUCCUGGUUGUAGGAGCACCGACGAACUGCCAAGCAUCUAGUGGCUGCGCCCUCCCGAAACAUCCCGAAACAUGAC